AUGGGUAAAAAGAGCAAGUCAAAGGCCAAGGCCGAUAAGAAGAAGAACCAGAAGAAUGAAGAAGCUCCCCCUGCUGCUGCUGUGCCUGAAGACGUCGCUGCACCCGAAGAGCCUGAGGUGCCUGAGGAGAUUACAUCACCUGUUGUGGAUGCACAAAAGGAGACUGCUCCCUUGGAGGAGGACACUGAGCCAGUUCCUUCUGCUCCAGAGCAAGUUGAUAUAGUACCAGGCCCGGAGCCAGUUGAUAUAAGUCUUGACGGGCCCGGUAACGAGGAAACUAUCGACAACAGUAACGACAUCACUAACGACAACGAGAACAACGACGAAGACAACAAGAAUAACGACAGUAAUACCAAUAUUGUCAACGACUACGACAACACUAAUAUCAGCAACGAGGAUAAUGACAACGACAAAGACAUCAAUAACGAGAUUGACAAUAGCAACGAUUUAGUCAACGACAAGGAAACUGUUGAGGGUCUAGACAAAAGCAUCGAUCUUGAGAACAGUAACGAGAUCAACAAUAGUGACGACAUCGACAACAGUAUCGAUCUCAACAACGACAACGACAACGACAACAGCAAAGACGUCAAUAACGAGAUUGACAAUAGCAACGAUUUAGUCAACGACAAGGAAACUGUUGAGGGUCUAGACAAAAGCAUCGAUCUUGAGAACAGUAACGAGAUCAACAAUAGUGACGGCAUCGACAACAGUAUCGAUCUCAACAACGACAACGACAACAGCAAAGACGUCAAUAACGAGAUUGACAAUAGCAACGAUUUAGUCAACAACAACGACAACAGAGAGGAUCUAGACAAAAGCAACGAGAUCAACAAUAGUGCCGACAUCGACAGCAACAGCAACGAUAUCGACGAGCAGCCAGAGUCUCAACCCCCUGAAGAUUGGAGCAUGAUUGCACCUCAUCAACCUACUGUCGAAGACGACGCCGGCUCAAUGAAAAGCAAGAAGCACUCGCCCGCUCCGUCGGUUAGUGGGAAGUCAGCUGGCACUGCGGCAGAAAAUGCCCUUAAAGAGGAGGCGGAUACUUUUGAAGAUGCCAAAGAUGGGUCAGAUGAAGUAGUGGAGUCGGUUGAUCCAGGUAAAGCUCCAGAGGCAUUGCCCGAAGAGAAACUUGAGGAUCCUGAAGCCGCUACAGAAACCGCAGCAGAUGCUGAACAUGAAGAACCGGAGUCAGCGGCAGUCCAAACGGCCGAAGAGAAGCAAGAUGGUGAUGCUCCAGAGUCCACGGAUGAGGCACCCGAAACUAGUGCAGAGGAGCCUCAAGAAUCUGACAACGUUGUUCCGGAAGAGCCAGUUGAGACGGCUGUAGAGAAAGAUGCACCUACAGACCAACCAGAAGUUAGAGACGAACCAGAGCAACCCGCAGAGUCCGAACAUCAAGACCAUCCAGAGAAUGUCCUUGCAGAGACCGCCGAAGAGAUGUCAUCAUCAAAGCACUCAAUUGCUGGCGCCACUCAUGCCGGACCUGCUCCCUUACCAUCACCGGUCCCAAGUGAGCCACGCUCUGUACAUUCUCCAGUGCCUCCCGAUCAUCCUCUUUCCCGUCAUGGCUCACCUUUGGCAUAUCACACUUCACCACAAUACCGAUACGUCAGUCCUACAAUGCAAGCGUACAACCCAUACAUGAUGGGCAUGCCUCCACAAUCGAUGAAUCCAGGAAGUAUGCAUCAAGCAAGUGUGGCUCCAUCUUCUGCCAGCUUCGCCACGGCCUACCACUCUCCCAUGAUGGAACAUACACCCAUGGCAUCUCCUCAUAUGUAUCCUCGACGUGCGAGCACUUUCGUCAACGGUGCAAGAGACUAUUACAACGGCAGAAUGGAUCGUACACUAUCCAAUGGAAGCGGAAAUAGUCAUGUCCACAGCCAGCGAAUGGAGAAGUCGAACAGCCAUAACAAUAACGAUGAUGAUCAUCAAGAACACCACCACCUCAUGGGCAGGGUUGAGAAAGCUAUGCCGGACAUCACACGCAUGCUGGAUAGCUUCAAGGAAACCCGCCAGAAACUCCAGGCCAGAGAGGCAGAGGCACGACAAUUACAGGCCCAGCAUGAACAAGCCAUUAUGCACAAGGACUUUUACAUCGAGGCACUCCAGGGCCAGAUGAAGAAGGCUGCCACGGAGGCGGCGGAAGAGUACGGCAAGUUCAGGGAGAUCAUCAGCAGUCUUCGGGUUGAUAUUUCGAGCCAGCAGGAGAAGAUCAAGGAACUACAAGACUAUCUCGACACGUCUCGGAAACAGAAUGAGGAUCUUGAAAGUAUUAAAUCGGAGCUUGAGGCAGAAAUCCAGACUCUUCAGAAAAGGAUCGAAGAGCUGCAGCUGGAUCAUGAGAGGGCUCUGGAAGAGGCGAAAGAGCACGAAAGGACUGAACUGGCUAUGCAAAAGGAAGAGUUGACAAAUCUGUUUGAAGAGAUCCGGACUGAGGAUGAGACUGCUGCUAACGAACGCUACAACGAACGCGAGAAGGAGCUUCUUGACGAGCAGGAAGCUUUGAAGUCUGCUUGGGAAGAGAAACACCGCGGACUGGAAGAAGUGCACGCUAACAUGAAGACCGAACACGAAGCUGCCAUUGGGGAGAAACAUGCCGAACUUGAAAGAACUCUUGCCGAAUUGGAGGCUGCAAAGAAUGAUCUGCAGACCGUUCGUGAUUCUCUUGUGAGCAAAUCCGAGGACUUGGAGACGAAAGAGAAGGAACUUGAGACAACCAAGACAGAGCUCGAAACCAAGCUACAGGAGAUCCAUAAAGCUCAAGAUGAUCUUCACUACAAGCAGGAAGAGCUACAAGCCACCCAGGCCGAGUUACAGUCGACCCUUGAAGAGCUCGUUGUCAAGAAAGCCGAGCUCGAAGGCAAGCAUACCGAGUUGGAGGAAGCUCACAAGCGACAUGCGGAGGAGAAAGGACAACUCAUUGGAUCUCACUUCACCGAACUCGACAAUCUUCGUGAUAUGCACUCAACCGAGCUAACCAAUCUGCGCACCACCCAUGAAGCUAAUGCAAAGGAACUCCAAGACCGCCUCGAAAAACUCGCCAAGGACUUUGAAGAAAAAGAAAGAACAUGGGCAGCAGAGAAAUCCAUGCUUCAGCGACAACUUCACGAGAAAUUGGAUGAAUUGGCGGGCAUCGAACGAGAAAAGGACGCCCUGGAACGAGACGACGUAAUCCGCGAAAAACAUCUGCAGGCCGCUGUUGAAGAGAUGCGUCGAACGAUCGAUAAUAUGGAGAAUGAUCGGGAGAAGUUGAGGAAGACGUUACAGAGUCUCGGGGAGGCGACAGACCUCAAAAGCUCAAAGGGCGAUCAAUUUUUUGUCGACGCAUUCGGUCAACUUCGACGAUUGAUCGUUGAACUCUCCAAAGACCAUUUCUCCUACCUCCCUAUCGAUCCUCCAAAAGACAUCCUCGAGAAAAUCCCACCGGAGAUGCCCUCUUUUUUAGACAAUACAGCUGCGUCUCGUGAACUCCGAUCCGCAUACAUCCAACACGUCGUCUCCAAAACCUUGACCUAUCGUAUCUUCCAACCGUUCCUCUUCACCUUAGGCCGCCGCUACGACAAAGCAGAUACUUUCUUCCAGGUCUUGUCAAUGGACAUUCGCCGCAAAUCCGUCCGUCGAGAAGCAUUCUGGAGACAACAAACACUCAAAGCAGCCUAUACCACAUCUGAUGCCAAGCAAUCCAUCAAUGUUGUGGCAGCUGUGAUUGUGGAUGAGAUCGUGGAUCAUAUCAAGCAUUUCGCCGAUCCGAAGCAGUUGGAUGCCUUGUUGAGUGGUAUUCGACGAAUUGUGAAAUUGGCGGCAGAGACAUGGAGGCAUGCUCGAGUUGAGAGGGAGCUUGUACUUGCUACCAUGCCGGCACCAGAGUCCGAUAGUGAUGUUAAUGAGGGUUGGGAAGAGUAUACGUGUGGUAGACCCCUUCCUGACCCCAGUUCAUCCGGCAGUGCUUCUGGUCGACAUGUCCUUCUCAGAGUCUUCCCUCGUAUCUACAGGGAGGCGGCUCAUGAGGACUUUGCCGAUGACAAGGAGAAGAUGAAUGCUUGUGUUUAUUUUCCCGGUUCCAUCUUGUACUCUGAUUCUCCUUCAGUGCUCGCUCGGAGAGAAGAGCAGGGCCAGAAGUCUGGAAGUAGGGGGAGUGUGAAUGGCGAUUCAUCACGUUCUCCGACUCCUUAAAUCUUCCUUCUAUCUCUGAAUUACAAACCAUUACUACAAACAAAAACCGAGUCAUGAAUUGUCAACUUUCAGAUUGACUUUUUCUUUCCUUUCUUUUCCUUUGUUAAUUUGCUGCAACUUCCCUUUGUCUAUUCAAGAUGACUGAUUGUACCAAUUUGUAUUUCAAGACUGAAGAACCUGUAUUUUCAAAGAUUGAGCAUGUACUACACGGAAAUAUGAUUAUGACUGAUGACCGAAACGACGACCUACGUGCAUGGGAAUGGAGCUAGCGAGGAAGCAUGGGAUUUGGAUAUUUCUUUGGGGCUUACAUAUUUUGAUAUGCAUAUGUUUUGAUUUUUCUUUAGAUUUGUUGGUUGCGUACUUGCAUUAAUCAGAUAGAGACACUCCUUUGAAGGAAAUUUCAUUUAUCUUGGAUUUGGGUAUAUCGUGAGGUUUUUAGUAAAUAUCGG